CUAUAUUUUCUCUCUUUCAGGUAAAGCGAUUAGAAAAAUUUGAUAAAGUGAAGAUGUCUGAAAAUUCAGAUCCUAGUGUAAAAUCGAGGAAGUCUUACGAAAGUGUAACGUCUAAUGGAGGACUUGAUAGUGUAUUUUCUAUGCAAUAUGAUCCAAGUUCAUUAUCCAGUCAACACAAGCAAUGGAUUGCCGUCAGAGAAGAUCGAAAAAAUUUAGUUUUGUGGAAACAGCCUUUUACUACUCUUCAGUAUUUUAUAAAAGAGUUACUCAUAGAUUUUUAUGAAUAUGGAACCCAAUUUCUCAAACACCAAAAGCUUGUUCUUAUAUGUCUCCUAGCCAUUGCCAUUAGUGUAACAUUCUAUCAUUUUGACGGUCCUCAUCAAAGAUAUGUUGUUCGUUUAGAAAAGGAGUUUUUACGAUGUGCCUACUGGAUAGGCCUUGGUGUUUUGUCUUCUGUAGGACUUGGUACAGGUCUUCAUACAUUUGUGCUUUAUUUAGGUCCUUAUAUUGCAGCCGUUACAUUAGCAGCUUAUGAAUGUAAUAGUCUUGAUUUUCCUCAGCCUCCAUACCCUGAUGAAAUUAUAUGUCCAGAAGGGGAUCACAGCACCAAUGUUAUAACGAUACUGAAAAUUAUGAGUAAAGUUAGACUUGAAGCAUUUAUGUGGGGUCUGGGUACAGCGCUUGGGGAAUUACCUCCUUACUUUAUGGCUAAAGCAGCGAGACUGUCUGGCCAAGAUCAUGAUGAUGAAGAUCUUAAAGAAUUUGAAGAAUUAAUUCAAGUGAAGAAAAAUAAGCCCAGUGAACAAUCCUUUUAUGAUAGAGCAAAAUUGGCUGUUCAAAAACUUGUUGAGCGUGUUGGAUUUUUUGGUAUUCUAGCUUGUGCAUCCAUUCCAAAUCCUUUAUUUGAUCUUGCUGGAAUCACCUGUGGACAUUUCCUUGUACCCUUCUGGACAUUUUUUGGAGCUACAAUGAUUGGAAAAGCUAUCAUAAAGAUGCAUAUUCAAAAACUAUUUGUUAUAAUUGCAUUCAAUGAGCGAUUAGUGCUUGAACUAGUGAACAAGAUGAAAUACAUUCCCCAUGUUGGGAAAUAUCUGCAUGCUCCACUGGAGGAGUUUUUAGCGAAACAAAAAGCAAAUCUGCAUCGAAAACCUGGAAUGCCUGGAACAUCAGAGGGUACAUGGCUUGCCUGGAUUUUUGAAAAGUUUGUCAUCAGCAUGAUUUUAUACUAUGUUUUGUCCAUUGUCAACUCCAUGGCUCAGAGUCACCACAAACGAAUACACAAAAGACAGCGGAGUGUCAAAGUGGCGACAGACUGAACGUGCCAUUUCCAUUCGGGGAGACAGUGCCGCCGAGCGUGCGCUGUUCCUCUUUUGACCAAUUGUGAAUAAAACAGAAAAAUAUUCAGCAUAGAUUUUAUAAAAAGCCUAUCUGUACUUUAAUUCUUCAGUUUUAAUUUUUUUAAUAUGAUUUUGCCCGGGAAAAAAAUGAAAUCGCUGUGAAUUAGAGGAGUCAUCAUUAUUAAUAAUCAUCAUAAAGAACUUACUUAAACUAGAGAAGCUGUAUUGUAUUUGUCCCUAGUAGAAGAGUAUAUGGAGUAUCAGAUUUGUAUGAAGUAUUUGUACAUAAGUAUACAUAUAUAUAUAUAUUAAUAUAUUUACUUAUAUUUGUUACUUUGUUGUUCAUAUGGGGGGUGGUGAGGUUUUUGUGAUAAUUAUGUUCAAUCACUGAUAGGAAACAAUUGUUUGAAUGCUGUUUAAGGAUUUUAUUUUAAUUAUUGUGUAAAAGUAAUCAAAUACAUUGUAUUUAAACAUAUUAAGCAAUAUGUCGAUAUGGUAUGCAAUUUUUGUAUUUAGAGGGAUAUGUCCCACUUUACUGUUAUAUAUUUUAAACUUUUGUGAUAUAUUGUAAGGAUAAUAAAAUGCACUCUAUAAACACUUAAAACUAUUAAUGGGCAUGCCAAAUUUUAUUUCUUACCAUAGUUCUUUUGCGCUUGUAACUUUUAAUGCCUCUUUGACCAAAUUACAUAGCAUUUGUCAGAAUUUGCCUUUAAAAAAUAAUUUUCAAAUCAAUAAAACAAUUUUCAGUAUUUUCAUUCAAAUCUUUUACGUUUCAUUCAGCUCAGUUUCUAGACAGAUUUAUUGUUUUCUUACUAUUUAUUUGUAUUUAAAAUUGUAUUGCAAUAAAAUUUAUAACUGCAUUUUA